AUGGUUUCUUACUCCGCCACCCCCGAGCAGAACGCUGCCGCCCUCGACUACUUCAUCCAGCUCCCCGUCUCCAAGGAGAUGAUCGCCUACCUGGCCCGCAAGGCGUCCGACGUCAUCCGUUGCGAGACGCCCCAGCAGCAGGGCAACGUCAACAAGAACCUUCCUCCCACCCCUCCCUCCACUCCUCCCCAGAGCCAUGCCCAGCCCUUCGGCCGGGAUCCGGCCCUUCCCUCGGUCGAGGCCUUCAUCAUGUCGCUCGUCGACAGGUCCCACGUCGGUGCCGCUACCCUCAUGAGCUCCCUCGUCUACCUGGCCAGGCUCAAGUCCCGCCUCCCUCCGGUCGCCAAGGGCAUGCGCUGCACCGUCCACCGCAUCUUCCUCGCUUCCCUCAUCCUGGCCGCGAAGAACCUGAACGACUCUUCUCCCAAGAACAAGCACUGGGCCCGCUACAGCACCGUCCGUGGCUACGAGCACUUCGGCUUCUCGCUCACCGAGGUCAACCUCAUGGAGAAGCAGCUCCUCUUCCUCCUCGACUGGGACCUCCGCAUCAACCAGGAUGAUCUCUACUUCCACCUGGAGCCUUUCCUCGCCCCCAUCCGCGACUACCAGGUCCGCCAGGCCGAGAGGGCCCAGCAACUCAAGAAGAUCAAGCAGCUCCGCGAGAUCCAGACCUACUACCAGGGCCUCGGCCACUCUGUCUCGCUCGAGUACUGCGCUCACCAGGUCAAGAACGGCGCCAUCACGCCUCCUGCCGAGCUCAGCAACCCUUACUCGAGGUACCGUCUUGACAGCCGGCCCUCGACCGGCAGCUCGUCUGGCUCUUCGUCGCGCAUGCCGUCGCUUUCGCCACCUCAGCGGUCCGGGUCGGCUGCUUCGUCGCACUCGGACCUGUCCAGCACCGAGUCGACGCCCAGCUCAAUUUACCACUCGGAGAUGCCGUCGGUCCACCGUUACGACAGUGCCACCAACGCAGCGGUUGUGCACAUGCCCCAGGCGCCACCCAAGGCGUACAAGGCCAUGUACCACUCUCAGCUGCCUCUGCCGAUGGAACAGCAGCUCGACGGCGAGAAGCCAUCCAAGAAGCCCAAGACCAGCGGUGGCUUCUUCGCCCGCUUCCUCGGCAACGCUGGCGUCCGCGUCUAA